AUGACGGCGCGCCAAAUGCAGCAUGGCGUGGCGGGCGUGGGAGACAAUAGGGGAUCGAGUCUAACGGUAUGCCGUAUGCACCCUCAAAGUCUAAUCCGGCGUAAUGUCGUUCACUUCCACGUGUCGAACAGAACGAAACAAACGGUCGGUUCAAGCCGGCGCCCAAACCGGCGGUGUCAGCGGAUGCCGAGUGCUGCACGGCAAGAACAGCGCAGCCAUUCCGCCCAUGGCGCCGAAAAGAUGGCUGCUGCUCUAGUACUCUUUCAUCUAGGCAGCGGAGGGGAGGCCGAGAUUUGUUUGCUGGGUAAGGUACGGAGUACGGACGGGGACAUCAAAGGUCCAGACCCUUCUCUCUCUCCCGUCUACGGAGCAAGGCAUCCAUGGAUGGCUCCCCAGCAGCUGAAGAUCCCGCCCGUCUCGGCGGACGUCCGGUGGCUGGUGGAUGGACUGGAACUUCUGGAACUUCUGGAAGGUCUAGGAAUGGACGGCAAGACAACCUGA